GUUCAACGAGAAAUUCUUUCAAUAAUAAAAUCAAAAAAAGCGACGACUGAAACUCCAUUAACUAGAUUAGAAUUUCCAACGCCGUUAUUAAAAAAAUUAGCUGAAGAACUUAGUAUACGUUUUGGCGGUCGAGCUGAAGUUUAUUAUUCUGCAGGUGUAAGUGAAGGAGUAAAUAAAAUAAACCCUACUGGAAAAUUACAAAAUCAAGUAAGUUACGUCCGGAAGCAAUUGUAUGAAGCAGGAUUACUUAUAACGUCUGGAAGACAACGUUCUACGUCAGUAGAAACAACAAGUACGACUAAAACUUCCGAGGCAAAUCUAAAAGUACUUACCAAUAAAAAUUUCACUGAUUGGGACGCUAUAAAAAAUGCUUGGAAGGAUACAUAUUCUUGUAAGCAGCAGUUGAGGGCCGAUAAACAAGAUAAACUAAUAGAAUUUAGUUUUUUCCCGUGUUUAGCUAAUGCUGCCGCUGUCAAUUUGAUCAAUGACGACUUUACAAGUACAUUCCAGAAUUUAACACCACUAAGUGACUCUUGGGCACAAAUUCGGCCAGCUUUAGAAGAAUUUGUUUUAUCUAAAAGAAUAGAUAAUAUCAAUUAUUCUGGUUCGAUACACGAGCUUUUUCAAUUACCUGAUGCAAAUAAAGAUGCUUUAAUCCUUGAGCUACUUCUUGACGCAAUAAAGUCAACAACGUUGAAUUCAUCAAAGCGACGCAAAAUAGACGAAACACAACCCAUCGAUGAUAAAAAAAAAGGAUAUUACGGAAGUGAAGACAACUUGGAUUCCGAAAUUAAAAGAAGAACCGAUUUGAUAACUUCACCAACAGAAGCGUUAGACCUAGCAUUUAAAAUUUUUGCGAUAACUAACUGUCCUUUUUCAAAAGCAUCUUGGAAUGUGUGGUUACUAAUUAAAAAAGUUGUUUAUAAAAUUUCAUCUAAAGAAAAAUCAUCAGUUCCCCUGCAGAAAGCAAUUACUUUUAUUGAACAACAUUUGAACCUCAAGAUCGUU